CGUCUCCAUGGAGAUAGCGGUGGGGCGGGACUUCCUCUCCCACGUAGGAGCACUUCCGCCGUGAUCCGGAAGCGCUGGGGUAACGGAACGGUGUCGGCGAGCGAAGAUUUCUCGAGGGUUUGAGUGGGGCCGCGGCGAUGCUCACGCCGGCGUUCGACCUCAGCCAGGACCCCGACUUCCUGACCGUCGCCAUCCGCGUGCCCCACGCUCGGGUCUCCGAGUUCGACGUCUACUUCCAGGGCGUCGACUUCAGGUUCUACGCCAAGCCGUACUUCCUCAGAUUAACUCUUCCUGGGAGAAUUGUAGAAAAUGGAAGUGAAAAAGGGUCCUAUGAUGCAGAUAAAGGUAUUUACUUUGGAAAUUUUGUUAGUUUUGUUCUUUGGAUUCUUCAUGUUAAAGUAACUAUGUAAAAAUCUUUCAAGACUAGAGGCCUGAUGCAUG